CUACUGCAAGGUUGUGGAGGCUUUUUGACUUAGUAUCCGGAGUUUUUCGUGUUGCAAUUACAUAAUUUAUUGUCCGGUGAUAUAAUAGCUGCUGGUCGUAGCAACUCCACUGGCUUAGAACAAACGCGCUUAUAUAUACAUACGAAAAAUUAGCAAUCAUAUUCGCUAGGAUUAGUUCAAUCGAGUGGGUAGAAUACACAAAUAGGACUGUGACAAAUAAUUGGGAUUGUACUGUAACAUUGCGGAGUUGACCCAAAUAUGUCAGUUGAUCUUCACAAGCUCAUCUCAAAGUAUUUGUUUCUAUAUCUCUCAAUCUGCGCUUAUUAGUCGUCCAUUUUACAGAUCACCAAUUUGAUUGAUAAUACAUUUGGAUAUAUUUAAUAAUCACAUUAAUAUGCUCACCUAAAACUGAUAAAUUGUUUUAUACAUAUAAUAUUAUGCUUCAUGUUUACGAUACGAACAAUGAUGACAACAGUGGUCAUCCUAAACCUUCAAGAAAAAAUCAGCUGAAUUGUCAUGGCAUUUUUGUAACCAGUGAAGAUUUAAAUAAUUCACUCCAAACAUUGUCAUCUUCAGUUGGUUCGCAAAAAAUUUAUUUGAAGCCUUUACCUAACGAAAAUGAUAUGGUAAAUUCUAGACUAUUAAAUGAUGAUAAGAAACGAUUACCAAAAGCUGAACGUUCUGCUCUGCUACCAUUCUCAAGUGAUGUUGACUGUUCAACACCUUCACCUCCAUUAUCUACCAGAUCUACACACAAUAAUGACAAUUAUUUAGAGUUGUUCGCAUCUCAACCGACUAAUACUGCUGCUACUCUACAACAAAACUCUUCCUAUUCACCAAGUGACAGCAAAAAUUACACUAUCAAAUAUACUAGUAAUUCUACUCAUUCAACAAUUACUCCAAUUAAUGAACAAGAAAACGAUCGACAGUCAUCACAACAUCGAAAACCACAUCGUCAACGUCGACAACACCAUCAUGAGAAUCGUAGUUCAUUCCAUCGGCAUAGUGUAUUACGUCAAUCACUCGGUGGUAUUAAUGUAUUAACUCAUCAUACAAAUGCAUUACAUCAAGAUUCAUCUGAACCAGACAAUGAAAUAUCGCCUAAAAGUUAUGACAGUAAUGUUGAGGAUAUCAGAAAAUGUACACCUAAACGAGUCGAUAGUAAAUUCAUUGAUUAUUUAUCAUCAUCAGCAUCAUCGAUUCAUACUAAUAGCAGUAGUAAGUCUUUGAAGAAUUCUAAUCACUGUCAUCAUCGUCAUAAUGAUGACGUUGAUGACUAUCAACUAAAAACAUUCCGUUUAUCAAACUUACCAUCAUGGGAUCAUUUAAAUUAUGCAUUAAAACCUUUUACAUCGAAUCAUCAUGGUAGCGAAACAAAAUUUAAAGGAUUUCGUUUAGUUCACAAAGCUAUACAAUCGGAAUAUUGUCUACCUCGUGUACAUAUUAGUAGUUAUAAUAAUAAUAAAAAUAGUAUUCCAUUUCAAUUGAAUGAUAUUAUUGUCAGUGUGAAUAAUCAUAAAUUAUCGACAAUGUCCGAAGCAGAAGCAUUACAAUAUGUAUAUAAUGCAUUUAAAGAUGCACAACAUUAUACUAUUGAUGUAGACAUUCUAAGAUCAUCAAGAAAAUCUUUUAAUAAUGAAUCAUCUUCUACAUUACUCAAACAAUCAUUGAUAACUCGUCAAAAAUCCGACUCUGGUUAUUCAAAUUCUAUCGAAGUAAAUAUUCCCAAGAAUCCACAUCGACCGAGAAGACGACGAGAAGGUGAAUGUAAAAAUUAUUCAUCUUGUGAAAUCACUCCAGAACGUUCACCUUACAAAAAUGACAAAAAAGAACAAAAAGAUCGUACUCUAUUGAUCCGUAAUACCAAUAGAACCAAUUUAAGUCGUUUAAGCCUUAUGGAUUAUCCGGAUUCGCCUAAUGUAUGCCUUAAAUCACGUCAAAUGUCGGCUGUUGAUAGUGUGUCCCGUAAUUCCAGUGACAACAAUCAUGGUGUCGUUGACUAUGAUGAUAGAAUUAAUACAGCAACAUUUGCCUCAUCAUUGUGUAGUAGUAAUCUAGCAGACAGUGGAUUUGUGACAAUACGUCGACCAAAACAACCUUCACGUUUAACAAUAAUCAAUAAUGAUAGUGGUGAUGUUGCAAACAAUCGAUUUUCUUUAACUAGUGCUGGGCUUCUCUCUUCUCUUGAUAACAGUAAUAAUAAAGCAAAAAAUUCACCGAAACAAGUAUCACCAAAAGUCGACACCAUUGAUAAUCGACAUCUUGAUAAUAAUCGUUCAAAUUCUCGCACACUUACACCUCACAUCACAGAAGUUACAUCACCGUGUAUUCCAAGGAGAUCGUUAAAUAUGUCAAGCAAAGAUCCAAAUGCAUUCAAUACUCGAACUAUUGGUCAAACAAUGCAUAUUCAGUUGACAAAGAUGCUAACUACCGGUCUUGGUUUCACAUUGACUAGUCGUGAUACACAAACACAAAGUUCACAAAUGUCUGAUCCGGUGUAUGUGAAAAAGAUUUUACCCGAUGGCGCUGCUAUACAAGAUGGACGUUUACUGGCCGGUGAUCGUCUAUUGGCUAUUGACGGUGAAGAAGUUCGUUCAUUAAAUCAAGUUUUGUCACAGUUACGAUCAUUGACACCAGGGAAACAAGUGGAUUUGCUUAUAUCUCGGCAAAUUUCUUGUGAUUUAGACUCGAAUACCCGUAAAUCUUCACAGAAACACUUACCUCCACGUCCGUUUAUGACUUGUACCUUUGAGUAUCAACUUCCAUUGGAUACUACUACUAAUCAAUCAGAUACUAUAAAAGGACCUCCAGUAUUAGGAAUCAAUUUCAAAUGGUCUAAUGAUAUUUUAACAUCACCAUUAUUAUCUUCAUCCCCAUCAUCACCACAGACAGUAACUACAAAGUCAAUUACAAGACCAGCUUCUCCAUCUCAGUAUUCUCCUAUACCAGGUUUAUAUGUCGAUAGUCUUCUGCCUGAUACUCUUGUUACUUCAAGCAAUCAUGUAACUGUAAAAACUGGCGAUCGUCUUGUUGCAAUUAAUGGGGAAUCUGUAGAUGGAAUGAAUGCUAAAACUAUUGUAAAUAAGUUGAAAAAUGUUAUCAAACAAUGUCAUGAGCGAAAUAUUAGUAACUCCGAUCAAUCGUCAGCCUCAUUCACUCUCACUGUUCAUCGAUAUAAGAAUCAAAAUGAUCGUCGAUCAAGUGUUGGAGAUACAUUGAAACUAACAUCUGCACAUCCACCAAGUUGUAGACACAUUAGAACAAUACGUGGUGAAGCAGUAGAAAAGGGUCAUCCUGGUCGUCAUGAACAUAGUAAAUUGAAUAGCCCAGCUGAUUCACAAGAUACUUGUUCGUUAUCGUUUACAUUAAAUGAUAGUCGUCGACGUCUGUUAUAUAGAUCUGACUCGAUAUCUUCUGAAAUUGGAUCACAUAUAUUGCAUCAUGAUUAUCAUGGGGAUUCUCAUUCACAUUUAUCUAGUCAAAGAUCAGAUAUUCAUGAGGAUAAUCAUCUGUUGUCAACAGAAUCGUUGUUAAAAGUAAACUAUCCUACAUCAAGAAAUUUAUCAGUACCAUCUAACAGAAAUUUUUUACGUGAUGGAUUUGGACGUCGUAGUGUUUCAGAAAAACGUCAUGGUCAUGUGGAUGCUUCACAAUAUUCGUUUUUUCAAACAAAUAUCCUUCCUAAUCGUUAUAAAAUGCCAGAAGAUGUUGAUAAACAAUAUUCCACUAUGCCAACAACACGUCGACUUAAAAUGCAUAAAGCUCGAUUAGCCGCUGUUGUUGCCAAUGUAGAUUCAUAUUCCUCGAUUGGUGGAGGAGGUCUAAUAUUUAACAAUUCAACAUCAUGUACAAGCUCAGGUCCUUUAAAAGCAUUACAUCCAUUAGACAAUGUACUUCCACAAUCUUUAUCAAAUACAUCUUACCGAGAUCCAGAGGAAAUAGACAUCGAGUCUCAGCUAGAUCAACCGCCAAUUCUAAGAAAUCGAAAGCAAAAUACUAGUUUCCGUCAUGCCGUAGAUCGUUCAUUUUACCCUACUUCUACUACCACUACUACUGCUGCUGAUACUACUACCGCAUACUAUAAUUCAUUUGAUACAAAUGCUUCCCCAUCAUCUGCUCCCCCCAUACCACCACAUCGUCCGCGUAGUGAAAGCGGCACUCGUGACAAGUUGUCUAAUAAUCCUCAGCAUAAAAAUUCCAGCAAAACAAAAAACUCCAAUCCCUUACCUGAAAAAUCCACAGGUUCUAUUUUAUUCUCUUCUUCUCCUUCAGUCUACAAAACAAUUGAUAAACUUGAACGUGCUCAUUCGAAAUCUCGCCCAGAAAUUCAUUCAAAUAAUUCUGUCUUAGUCAAAGAUUCAAAGUCAUCGUCACAUUCCAUUUCAAAUAAUAAUCCUCCUACUGAACAAAAACACAGUAAAAGUGGACGAAUAAGUUUAAAAAAUCUCUUCAGAAUUGGUAAUUCUAAAACUGAAUCCGAAUUGAAUGGUGACUAUUCAUUACAUAAUUCUAAUCAAUCUAAACCAACAUCGGAGACAUCAACUAUUCUAUCUAAAAAACAAUUAAGACGCCUUUCAGUUCCUGAAUAUCAAAUUACUAGUAAUCUUUUAACAUCAACAAAGUUAAUAGAUAAAAUUCAUGAAAAAAACAGUUAUAAUAAUCCUACUUCUACCACUACCACUACUUCUACUAUUCCAUCUGUUCAGCAAAUCUUUAAUCAUUCAUCUAGUCAGUCAAAAUUAUCUAACACUACUCAUCAUAUGGAUUCUAAUGUAAUUUGUAAUGAUUCUAUGUACAAAACAAUAUCACCGAAUAUAAUGAAUAAUAAUCAUCAUACUAAUUACAAGACUAUCUCUGUAAAUCAUCCAUACUGUCCUCCACCUGAUAUUAGUCCACCUCCGCUACCACCUCGUGUCAGUUAUACAACACCACCUAUAUUAACAAUGAAAUCGAAUCAUUCCAAAAUGAUUAAAUAUCGUCCACUGCCAGAAGAGCGAUCUAAUAAUGAUCCUCGAAUGAUUGAUGAGACAAAACAGAAUAGACGCAAAAAAUCAUCAUACUCAAUGACCACAUCUGUUAUCUUAUCCCAUUCAACUACUCAUCAAUCAAAAUCAUCUCCAAAAAUCACUUCAACAGCUUCGUCUCCGACUUAUUGCUUAGCAUUGAACACUGUUGAUCCAACCGUAUUAUCAACAAGUAUUAAAAAAUCGAAUUUUGGUCAUGAUGACAAUAAUGCAUUAGUAACUAACGACAAUUCUCGUAGUCGUCGUCGCCGUCAUCAUCAUCAUUAUGAACAUCAUAAAAAUUCUAACCAACAGGAUGGUAUUCUCUCCGAAAGUUCCACUAAAUCCCAGACACCUGCUAUUUACAUGAAUUCUAAGCAGAUAGAUAAAGAUUAUAAAAAAUCUACUCCAUCUCCUCAUCGUUCACGUUCAACACAUGCUCGUCUACCAUUGAAUAAAAGUCAACAUAAUAAUCAUGAUAAUAUAACAACAACAACAACAACAACAACAACAACAACACAGUAGCAACAAUAAUGUCAACAACAAAUUCACCUGAAUCUAUUCACUAUUAUCAAGCACCAGUAAUUUCUAGUCAUUCAGCUAUGUCAACUCCUCGUCGUUUACAAGAUGGUCGAAAAUCAGAAUAUCAUAUCAAUAAUAGGUAAUACGAAUAUAAAUUACGAUGAGUCAGUUAUAUGGAUUUUACUAAAAUAACUAUUGAAAGCUAUGAAGCACUGAACAACAGUUCCAUUUUAUUAUAUGGACUCUUCAACAGCAGUGCACAUCCAGGACCAAAUUUGAGAUCGUAUCCAGGUUUAUCGACAAAUGCUUAACGCUUGCUGUCGUAUUUUUGAGAUUUGCCUAAUAGUGAAUAGAUCAUCUCACUCAUGCUUCACGUUGACGACUUCAAUUUUGUGCAUGCUUGCUAUUUGUUUUAAAUUGUAUUCUCUUUCUAAAUAAUGAAUUCCAACCGUUUAAACUAUAAACCAAUGUAGAUGAAAUAAUUCAGUACAUAUUGACUGAAAAUCUUUGAAACUGAUUGGUCACUGAGUAGUAGAUGAAUAAUGCUGUUCUUCCCUAGUCGUUAUUGGGUGCGCUUCGGAUUAUUGCAUCGAUCAAUGACGCAAUAUGUGACCAGUAAACUUGAAAGUCUCAUCGUCACCUAUAUUCUAUUUUGAUGUAAAGUAUAUGAAGGGAAUUGACAGGAAGUUGUGACUAGAUCUCCUAGAUUUUGUAUAAGUUGGGACAAGACAAAUUACAGUUGUUGAGUUACUGAGAUUGUGUUGGAUUCGUCUUAGUUGAUUUAUAUUGAAUACUGUGUAUGUUAGUGUGUGGAUUAUUAUACCAGUUGUUAAGGUCAGAAAAGUUGUUUGAUGAACUUCCCUCUGUGCUGUUGUAGUUCAGCAACCGAUACACAUAUGUAUCAGGUUGUAUGUUGCUUGCUUAUCACUGAAUGGAUGAAUUACGUAUAAGGAUUAGUUUGUAGUGUUUAUCUAUGUGAGUGUGUGGAGCUGAACAGCUGUCCAGUGUUCUUUGGUUUUCAAUAUAGAGUCGUCUCAUAUAAUCUCGAUUUCUACCAAAUAUUAUGGACAAAUGAAACUUAUCUCUACUAAAUAUCUUGAUAACAACAGUUGUUUGUAGUUCACUAGAUGUUUGGCUUGUACAUUUUUUUAAAUAGUUGAGGUCAUGUUUCGAUUGAAGCUAGACUACCAUGAAAAACGUGGAAUCACUGGACAGCCGUCUCGUCCUAUUGUAGAACUCUUCAGCAGUGCACAUCCACGACCGCACCUCGCGAUAUUCGAACCCAAGACUUAUAGAUCUCGCGCGCGAACACUUAACCUCUAGACCACUGAGCCGGCGUCCAACGGUGUUAAUGCUGAGGACGAAACGGCCGUUCAGUGCUUUCAGGUUUUCCAUGGUGGUCUAGCUUCAAUUGACUCAUGAUCUCAACUAUUAAAAUUACUAUGAUAUCCACAAAACUCCAUCUAGUACGUUUUUAUUUGCGUUUUGUGAGGAGAAGGAAAUUAUGUUGUUUAACUCAAAUUGCUUAUAGGUAGUCUAUUUAUUUAUUUAAACACAUAAAUCUUACUAUGAAAGGGCACCAAAACAUAUAUGCCCUACACUAGAUAAGAAACGGAAAUUCCGAAGAGAUAGAGGGAAGAAUGUGAGUAUAGUAGAGAAAAGGAAUGAAUGAAUAUAAGUAGAUCAAAGUAGUAAAUAAUAGGACGAGAAGCUCAGUUAAAAAAUACAACCACAAAGAACUUUCCUACUAAAAAAGAAAGUUAUUACAGUACCAUCACUGGCUUCUGUUCUGAACGAUAUCUGAUAAAAUCUCAAGCCACUGUGUUUGUACCCAUUCAUGAUGUUAAGCUGUUAGAAGUUAAAAAGUUUGUAUUUGGGUAGCUGUGUAAGUGUUGGUGGCGACGUUGAUGUUUAGAUCAAUUUACGUAUAAGCGAAGUCAUAGAGGCCUAUGCCAAUCUGCACUAUCGUGAUACUGUUCUGGCUAUAAAAGGUCGGGUCCACAACGUGUUGGUGUGAGGAAUCCUGCUCUAUGCUUGUGAGACCUGUCAGGCAACCCACGGUAUUCAAUCAUCGUUGUAUCUAAAUAAUUGCUGACAUUAAAUGGUAGCAUCAUAUUAGUAAUGGAGAGAGUCAGCACAGUAACGACGAUUCGAUUAGUGUCAUUAUCUUGAAAAAACGUCUUAGGUGGGUUAAGAAACAUGAUACGAGCGUCGUCCCGACGGAUUCAAUGUCGUGGAUUAUUCAGUGACUCUAGGAAUGGUUGGAAAAAACAGAAGUGGUCAGUUUAUGGCAUGGCGCUAUGGUAUGGAACAAAGCUGUACAGAACUUACAUGUGUCAGUUUCUCACUUUUUUGUUAGAUAUAGUGUAACGCAGGUAGUUUAUAAUUAUAAUACUAAAAAAACUGUCGUUAUUACAUUAACAAACAUUGGGACUAUACGUGAAUUAUUAUUGCAUUAGCUCCACAAAUGAUGUAUGCUGGUGUAUUUACCACAUAGUUAUAGUUAUAUUUAUGCUUUCUUCAUUGUAAUCAAACAUAAGGAAGUUUCUUUAAAUGAAUUAACUGUGGCCAAAAUUAGAUUUCAGGGCUUGUGUCCUGUCCUGUGGGGGGACCGUAGAUUGAAGUGUUCGAUCGCGCAUGCCACUUCAAUUAUCUUGGAAUCCUAAUGGGUUGGUUCUUAAUGUUUGACGUCUUCAAAUAAUUGCUAAUUUCUCCUAGAACUAUCGGGUAAAAAUUGUUAAUCCUAAAUAUAGGAUGAGAAAUUAGUUGACAAAUAUUGAAUUUUCACCUAUUACAGUGGUUUUGGCCCUCAUGAUGUAUAUUCUACUUGCAAGCACGUUUGCUGGUGUAAGAUUAUGUUGGAAUAAAGUUAGGGGCGGCUAAAUUAAUAUAUAACAUCAGUUUAGAAGACUACUGAAUAUUGGCCUGGACCGGAAAUACGUGGUUAAGAUUGUAACCAACAGUCAAUAAUGUUAGUUGAGAUUGCACAUACAUACUAGGUUCUACCUUAUUUAGUAUCGACUGACUGAGGCAAUUUAUAAUCCAAGAAUAGUAUAUAUAUAAAUUAAAGAAAUUUUCUAUUUUAUUUUCUAUUUCUGUACAGAAAACAACAAAUCACUAUGCAAGAGGCAUCAUUAAUUGUCUCAUUUCCAAUGGAUAAAUUAAUUACUCCGAAACAUUCAUCAAUCCAUCAUCAACAUUGAUGUGUUAUCCAACAUGAACUUACUUAAUAUUUCUCUUGUGCAACUAUUAUUUCCGGUUUUUUGAAUUGUCAAAAUAUGAUCUAUCUAUUUACUUACUUGAAAAAUACCCCCCCCCACACACACACCUCCUCUUGGUAAUUAUUUUGAUACGUUGACUAUUUAUAAUUUUCUUUCAAUAAUACUGUUAGAUUCAGUCUUCAUUGUAAAACAUACAUAUCAGCGGCCAAAAAUCUCAAGAAUUCAUCAAUUUUUUUUUUGUGUAGAAUAUGAUACAAUUUCGUUUCACUGUUGUUGUUUUUCUGUGUGUGUGUGUGUGUCCUCUUCUUGAUCCUGAUCUGUAAAAUGUGCCUUAAACUUUUAUAAUUAAAUUUGUGUUCAUUUCGAUAAGUGUUGUUGUUGUUGUUAUUGUUUCUGUCGUUAUGCCUAGUUAGUAGUGGAUUAUCACAACCAGCGAUAUCAUUUCGCAUAUAUUCUGUCUUAUUUUUAUAAGCAUACAAUUACAUAUCAUCAUCAUCAUUAUUAUUAUUAUCAACCAGACUAUUUUACUUAUGAUUACCUCUCUAUGCUCCGUCGAAAAAUUUUGGAAUUUGAAAUUGUCCAUUGUAUUUUCUAGUUCUACUCUCUCUCUCUCAUCCUGUAUUGGUUGGUUUGUGUUGUGUGUGUGUAUGUAGUAAAUUCUUGAUCUCAAGUGACAAAAUCAUGCCUUUUAUUCUGUUUUUCUCAAAUGAUAAUAAAAUGUGAGAACAUUUUUGUAUUUUGAAUCAUUGUUCCUUACACACACACACACACACACACACAAUCUCUCCCCCUUCCUUUAAUAUACAUAUAAUAGUGUGUACAAAUUGUUUUGUUUUUUUAAUGUGUACUUUUGAUACUUUACAAUUUAUCUUAAUUUACUAUCACUAGUUCCAUCAUGUUAAAUUUUCACCACCACCAUCACAACAACAACAAUAAUAAUAAUAAUAAAAAGGAGUCGUAACCAGUGUCAUGUUUGAAGUGAACAUAUCUUUUUCCAUUUAACGUUUCCUAAUAUCUUCAUAUUCAUUAUUAUUGAUCCAUAUAUUAUCAUCAUCAUCCUAUUGUUGCUAUGAUUGUUAGAUGAUAGUGUUCGGUAAUAGAUGAUAUAUAUAUAUAUAUUCCAUAUCUUUAAUAUUUCACAUUUUUGCUGUUGUUGUUAUUGUUCCUCGAUAUCUAUUAUCAAAUGGCUCCUUUAUUGUCAAACUAUUUGAACUAUUUCAUAGCAUUUAUUUCCUUACUUUGAGUAAUUAUUGCAUCGAGUUUCGUUAAUGCUGAAUUCAAAUAAAUGAGGUAUCUCUUCUCUCUCUCUCUCUCUGUGUGUAAUGUCUAUUCGUCGAUAGUUCUUUUCAUUGUAUAUUGACAAAUAUCAAUAGUCUAUUCAUAAUUAGUAGUAUAGUGUUGAGUGUUUUAAUCCUAUUGAUUCUAUCAUCAUUAUUUGUAUUGGUCAAAUGGUGUGAAAAAAUAACUUUGUGAAUCUUUGUUUUUGUUUUCCCUCUCAAAUGUAAGUAUCCACCUUAUGAUCGAUCAAUCGAUCGAUCUCCCUGUUUUGUUCCAUGAACCAAAUCGAUUCUUCCUUCUCUUUUUUUUCUAUACAUAUGUAUAUGUACACUGACCCAUUUGAAUUGUUCUCUUGCCAGUUGGAUCAUAUUUAUUUGUUAUUUUCUGGUUACUUUAUUUGAUUUGCUCUUUAGUUGUUGAGUAACUUUUCUUUUGUGUGCGUGUGUUACCUUGUCAACUCGUGGUAUUUUUUCUCUUUGCUGUUUUGUUAAUUUGUCUACUAUUUAAAAAAAAACAACUAUGAAUAGUAAUUGAAUAAAAAAUGCUUUGAGUUCUUCCU